AUGGCGAGAGAGGGGAUAAGCGAUGACGAAAACACCGAGUCAAUGUCCGAGCUCAAUGGUAAUCCGUGUUCGCCAAAGAAAUCUAUGGAUUUUCGGAUAUCUUCGAGUAAAAGUUUCCAAACAGUUAGCCGAGGAGAGCACUGUGUCGCUUUCAACAUCACUCAAGCACAAAAAGUUUUCGAUUCGAAUGGCGAUCAUGCGAUAACCCUUGCCAGCCAUGCUACUGCUAAUUUCUUUCCAAUCAUCUAUGAACAAUUAAAAGCAUGGAAUGGUCCAGUGUCAUUGUCACUUUUCAUCGAUCGUCACUCAAUAUCGAUUCUUGGAAUAAUUCUUCGAUUGCACGAAUGUAGCUCAGUCUUUCAGGAAAAGUUAAAUGUUCACAUCGUUUUCUCGGGAUCUCCAUUCGAUAGUGGGAAAUGUCCUAUUCUUGACAUUGUCCCGAAUUCGAUCUCAUGUCAGAAACUCACCUACAAAUUUGUCUCAAAAUCAGUCUCCUCAUUGCUAGCUCCAUUUCAAAUCUAUCCGAUCAAUUUGAUGAGAAAUGUUGCUCGUCUUGGCGCUUCUUCUGACUUUCAUUUUGUUACCGAUAUCGAAAUGAUCUGCUCUCAUAAUUUUGCGACUUUAGCUAAAAGAUUCGCAAAUGAUUAUUUGAGUUCCGGUCAGAAAAACGCGAUUGUGAUUAGAAGAUUUGAAGUUCGAUCAAAUGUCUCACCGCCACGAUAUGUAAAAGAUUUGAAUCGAAUGUUUUAUGCCAAAGAAGCUUUCGAAUUUCACCAUGUACAUUUCCCGGCAGGACACACGAUUCCCGGUUUGUGGACAUGGUUGAAGAAGUCGCUGAAGAAAGAGAUGUCCAUUGAAAAGAUUUCCUACAGAGGUUCCUCCUGGGAACCACAAAUUAUCAUUCAUGCAACAGCUCCAUUGAACGAAGAGAAUGUUCCCACUCGACAUCGAGAUCAACAAGUUUUGGCAUGGGAACUAUGCCGUGAUGGCUAUGAAUUCUGGGUCCCCACUCAUCUUUUCAACGUUCAUCGUGGCAUCAAAACCCAGCAAACACAUCUCAAUUUUGCUACCUAUCUCACAAAUCGAAAAGAGCUCACAUCACAUAGAUUUACAGGCUCUACUGGACCCGCGUAUCUCUUUCUCCACGCUUGGAAUAUCAUCGAGAGAGAAGCCGAUAUGAGAGAGAUGAUGACUGGCAAACAUGUGGUACGAGAUGUUGAAUGCGGGAAAUGCAAGAAUCGAUUAGGAUGGAUGUACGAAUUUGCGUAUUCAGAAGAUCAACGCUACAAAGAGAAACAGGUGAUCCUCGAAAAAUCGCUGAUAAUGACGGUGGAGGGGUUGAAUGAUCCGACGAUGUUGGAAAGAGAUGAAGAGAAGAAAGGGGACGAGGAUGAGGAUCACAUCCCGCCAAUCAAUGAGACACGAGCUAAGGUGCAAAUCUCAUCAAAAAAGAAUCGUCCCACCAACAAAGCAAAGACUUCUUUA